AUGGAUGUGAUUGGAGUAAUUGAUUCUUCUGCUUCAAAUGGGCAUCGAUUCAUUGUAGUGGGGAUUGAAUAUUUCACCAAAUGGGCUGAAACUGCAUCCUAUAAGCAUGUGACUAAAAAAGUGGUGUCAAAUUUUUUGAAAAAUAACAUCAUCUGUCGUUUUGGCGUACCAGAGACAUUGAUCACCGAUAUUGCUAAGAACCUCAAUAAUGACAUGGUGGAUAGAUUAUGUGAACAGUUUAAGGUCAGACAUCGAAAUUCUGCCAUUUACAUGCCUCAGAUGAAUGGAGCCGUUGAAACCGCAAAUAAGAAUUUGAAAAAGAUCAUUCGUAAGAUGACUGAAACAUACCGGGAUUGGCAUGAGAAACUGCCUUAUGCAUUGAUGGCGUACAGAACUACUAUCAGUACUUCUACCGAAGCAACUUCUUACUCUCUUAUGUAUGGAAUGGAAACAGUAUUGCCUGCAGAAGUUGAAAUUCCUUCAUUACGCAUUUUAAUGGAAGCUCAGAUAGAAGAUGCUGAAUGGAUCAGGGAACGCUAUGAGCAGUUGUCUCAAAUUGAUGAAAAGAGGUUGAAUCCCGUCUGUCAUGGACAAUGUUAUCAGCAACGAAUGACUCGGGUUUACAACAAAAAGGUUAAGCCCUGUAUGAGAGUUAGCAGCUCAUAUAGAAUCAAUGAUCGGCGUGCUUCUAUGUCGGUUGAAAAUGUGCAAAUGCUACUUUGUGGCAAUGAUUUGAUCCGCAAUCUUCAUGAGUUAAAAAACAAGUCUCGUGAACCAUUCAAUGUUCCUGAAUCAUCUACAAUUGAAGAAAUUGAUCUUCCUAACAUCUAA